UUCACCUCGAAACUCCAGCAUCUUGAACAGUUCUCUGCCUCUUCCCAGUGCUAGAGUCAUCAGUCAAACGAUCCACCCAGACAAGAAUGCCACGUCCAACCUGACCAUCUUUGUUAUGCAGUUCGGUCAGUUCAUGGAUCACGAAAUGGUCUCCACUCCACUGCCAAUAGAGGACACUCGAGGAACUGUCCAGUGCUGUGGGAAGCAAUUUCGGACCUCCUUCUAACCAGACAAACAGUUCUAGUGAGUGUUUUCCAAUUCUGUUCCCACCAAACGACACGAAUUUCCGAGGAACCUGCAUGGAGUUCUUGCGAUCUCAACCCAUCCGUGACCAUAACGGCAAUAUUGUUUAUCCCCGUGAAAAUCAAACAUCAUCACCCCUUACAUCGAUGCCUCAACUGUAUAUGGAAGUACAUUAGAAAAACAACAGAAGCUUCGCGAUCCUGAUAAACCAUACCUUCUGCGAACAAGUGGGGGAGACAACUUCCUGCCAGACAACGGAAUGCAAGGACUGCGUGAAGCGUAACUCCAGUGACAUCUGCCACCUGGCAGGCGACGACCGAGUGAACGAGUUGCCAGGCCUGACCCUCCUCCACGCCAUCUUCAUGCGGUACCACAACCUGAUCGCAUCAGAACUCCGAACGCGCUCUCCGCUGGCAUCCAGCGAAGUGAUUUUCCAGCAAGCACGCUCUGUCGUCAUCGCCGUCAUGCAGAACAUCCUGUACUCCGAGUGGCUUCCAAUCGUCCUCGGGCCGAACGUUCGACAGGAUUACAACCUGAACUUCCACAGAACCUUGAGGACAGAAUAUGACGAAAACAGCGACCCCCGCAUAUUCCAAGCGUUUUCUACAGCUGUCUUUCGGUUUGGUCACACUCUCAUCCCUCGUUCUUUUCCCUUGACUCCCACUCGCCGUGUCUUGCUGCGAGAACUCUUCUUCAAGCCCUUCGAGACUCGCGAAAACAUGGAUUCUCUGACAGAAGGGUUCCUCACGGCAGACAGCCCUCAAGACCGAACCCAGCCCUUCGACCGCUUUAUUGUCGAAGAAGUGACAGGACACCUUUUCGAAAACCAGCAAGGACCUCGAGAAGGCUUUGACCUCGUGGCCUUGAAUAUUCAGCGAGGUCGUGACCAUGGGUUACCCCCGUACAACGCCUUCCGCCAAGUCGUGGGUCUGCCCAAAGUGAAGUCGUUCGAUGAUUCCGUUUUGGGCGCGGCAGGUCCUCGUCUGGCUCAGAUUUACGCGCACGUGGACGACAUCGACCUCUUCAGCGGCGGACUGUCUGAAGCACCGCACGACGGUGGACUCGCAGGAGAGACCUUCAGUCGCCUGAUGGCACUGCAGUUUCAGAGACUCAAAUUCGGAGACAAGUUCUUUUUUGGUCACAGAAAAGCGUACUUUGGAUUCACAACCACUCAAUACAACCUAGUAAGAAAUAUUACCAUGGCCCAUGUGUUGUGCCGCACAACAGGCAUCAAGAAAGUUCAGAGAAAUGUCUUUAGGAUUGCGGACCAAGACAACAAAGAAGUGAGCUGUGAGGAUGUGCUGACUGAACACCCCACAAUGUAUUACUUUACCAACCACCCAUGGUGAACCACGACAUGAAGGAUCCUUUCCACAGACUGACGGCUCGUCGUACCUUGAAAAACCUCACAGGUGAAGCAGCUCAUGUCAUCCUCACCUGUGAGGCUCUACAGAUUGUUUCACCAUCGCUCCAUCUACACUUCUUCUAAUGUUUCACUGCAGCAUAUGUAUUAACUUUCUCAGCUGAUGUCAUAAGCGACUCAAUGGUAGUUUAUGAGUCAGUCUCUCGCUCACUUGCUUUGACAGAGAGUAAUUAAUGUUGUUUUUCUUAGAUUAUUUUAAGCAGCGUCUUAGAGAUGUGUUGUUGUUAUUGCUCAAUUAAACACGAAUAAUUAUUUCUCCUAAAGACAUGUCGAAAGCUGGAGACUUUGUGUGCUGCUUACAUCAGUGGAGACAGAAUGUUUGGUUUUGUGUUAUUAUCUUAUGUACGCAUGAGCAGGGAGGGUAGUCUUCGGAGUGAACUAAAAGCUACGAAUGUAAUAAAGAAAUAUAAAACAAAAAAGUCAAAAAAGUUCAGGAUAUCGUGGUUUUACUAUAGUUAAACAGAUCCCCGAGCACUGCGAAUCUUUUUCUUAAAGAAGAAUUAUAAAUUUGUUACUAUCUAUCAUGGAAUAUUCAAUGUGGAAGAAUCUAUUAUAAACUGUAUUGUCUUUCCAAGAUAUGUGCCCUGUGAUUGUAGUUACAAUGAUUAUACUAAACUGGACUUUAAAGGGUACACGAAAGAAGAACAAUUAGAAUGGAGCAUU